GGCAAAAGGUUAGCCCGCCAGAGACGGUGUGAGGCGGUGCAGCUGAACAAAAUAAAUGAAUGCAGAUCCAAGCCUUGGGACUAAAGGAUGCUUGCUCACCGGAUCUGCACUGCACCACUGUGACCUGCUCAUGUCCCAUCCAGAGGUGCCAUGGCUCGCAGAAUAUCCUCCCAGGGGAAGGUCACUAUCUCCGUGGAUGAGUACAGCUCCAACCCAACCCAGGCCUUCACCCACUACAACAUUAACCAAAGCCGCUUCCAGCCCCCUCACGUCCACAUGGUAGAGCCACUUCCCUAUGAUGCGCCGAAGCCCGUGGGUCAUACACGUUUUGUCUGCGUCUCAGACACACACUCGAGGACAGAUGGAAUCCAGAUGCCUUUCGGCGAUGUGUUGCUUCACACAGGUGACUUCACUGAGCUCGGCCUACCAUCUGAAGUGAAGAAGUUUAAUGACUGGUUAGGCAGUCUUCCCUAUGAGUUCAAAGUUGUCAUCGCUGGAAAUCACGAACUUACCUUCGAUAAAGACUUUAUGGCGGAACUCAUAAAGCAGGAUUACUACCGUUUCCCCUCAGUGACCAAGCUGAAGACUGAGGACUUUGACGAUGUUCAGUCCGUCCUUACAAACUGUGUGUACUUACAGGACUCUGAGGUCACCAUUAAAGGAUUCAGGAUAUACGGGACUCCAUGGACCCCGUGGUUUAAUGGAUGGGGCUUUAACUUACCUCGUGGCCAGUCUCUCCUCGAUAAGUGGAACCAGAUCCCUGAAGAUGUAGAUAUUCUUAUGACACAUGGGCCUCCUCUGGGGUUCAGAGAUUGGGUCCCCAAAGAACUUCAGAGAGUUGGCUGCGUGGAACUACUCAACACAUGA